CCGGAGCCUGGCAGUGUUUGUGAAGCGGGUGUGGCACCAGGGGAGGUGACAGCAGGGCUUGGCUCCCUGCGGGAACGAGGAUCCAGGGCUGUUCUUGGAGAGGAGAAUCAGCUUCAGGGACACUUGAACUGGAAAUGUCAGCCAGAACCACGAGCUGGGUGUGAUGGUUCAGUGCUGAAGGCUUGGGUGUCACCCUUCCCUGUGCUCUAAUUAGUGCUUGGGGCUGUUAAUUGAGCUGUUGGGGUGAUUGGGAUGAUUUUUUUGGGGAUGAUUUGGGAGCUGUGAAGAUUUUGCUCCAGGCUGUGCUUUCCUUCUUUCCCUGUUCCUUCCCAGGAGGAAUCUCCAGGAAAUUCCCAUUCUGCUCUGGGAAUUCCCACAGACCCCUCCAAUCCCCUGGAAAAUUGAAAUUUGGGCUGGAAGUGGAAUUUGGCAGGGCUGAGCAGCCUCCCAAUCCCAAAAUCAGCAUCACUGUUCCUGGCUUUGGGAUUGGGGUUCUUUCCCUGCUGGAUCUUGGGAGGCAAAAUCCUCCUGUGGGGAUGGAGGCAGGGCAGGGUGCAACAGGAGCAGCUUUUGGGUCUUUUUGGGGUGGGAGCUUUUUUUAUUUUUUAUUGUUGUGUUUUCUGGGCCUUUUUUUUUUAUUGUUGUUUUUCCUGGGCCUUUUUUUUUUUUUUGUUUUCUUUUGUUUUUUCUUGUCCCUUUUUCCCUCUAGACCAUUUUAUAUAUUUUUUUAAAAUCCCUCUGGACCAUUUCUCUUCAGUUGGAAAACACCUCCCAGCCCAUCAAAACCAACCUUUAAUUCCAGCUCUGAGCUGUUCUCCCAGCCUGGGGCCAGGUGGGAACAAUUCCUUGAGAACAAUUCCUAAAAAAACCAACCUUAAAAUACUCCUGGAGGGUUUGUGGGGUCAGGAUUUUUUUUUUUUUUGGGAUUGUUCCUCUUCCCAUGAAAACCUUUUCCUUCUUGGCUCGUGCAGCCUCACCUGACCUGCUCUUCUGGCUGACACAGGGUAGAGCAGCAGGAAAUAAAAAUAAAAUAAAAUAAAAAACCCAAAGCAGCAGCUUUGAACCUUCAAACGCAGCUGUUCCCUCUGCUGUCACUUCCAGAGGGAAAUUUUCCCAUUCCUGGAGCCGUGGAAGGAAAAUCCCUCCUUGCCUGGGAUAAAUGCAUUGGGAAGAUCAGGAGAGGUGGAAUUUUAUCCUAAAUUAGCCAGGAUUAAAUUUAACCAACCUUCCAAAUUUUGGGGUUUUGUAGUUGGUUUUUAUUUUUUUGUUGUUGUUGUUUUUUUCUUGUUUUGUUUUUUAUUUGGUUUUUUUUUUUUUGGGUUUAUUUUUGGGGGCUUUUGUGUGUGUGUGUGUGUUUUUUUGUUUGUUUUGUUGUUGUGGUUUUGGGCUGUUUUUCUUUAUUUAUUUUUUUGUUGUUGUUGUUUAUUGCUGGGUGGUGGGUUUUUUCCUAUUUUGCUUUUUGUCCUUAUCCAGAAGGAUCCUGAUUUUUUUUGUGCUCCCGUUUUCUGGCUUCUCCCGAGCUCUGUGAGCCCAAAUUCUUUCUUAAUAUCUAAAAGGGGAGCUUGGAAAUCCCAUUUUUGUAGCUAUUUUUGACAAUCCUUGGAAGGGAAAUUUGGUUUUCCUGGGGUCACAUCAGAGGAGUGGCCAGGUGGGAAAUGCAGGAUUCCAGUGGAAUUUUUGGGGGUGCCUGGGUGGGAAUUGCAGGAUUUUUGGGGAUGCCUGGGUGGGAAUUGCAGGAUUUUUGGGGAUGCCUGGGUGGGAAUUGCAGGAUUCCAGCAGGAUUUUUGGGAUCCCCAGAGCUGAUGGUUGUUACAUUUACUUUUUUAAUUUUUUUUUUUGGCUGCAGUUCUGGCACAAAUCAUGUUUCCACUGCGAGACCUGCAAGAUGACCCUGAACAUGAAGAACUACAAGGGCUACGAGAAAAAACCGUACUGCAACGCACAUUACCCGAAGCAAUCCUUCACCAUGGUGGCAGACACGCCCGAGAACCUGCGCCUAAAGCAGCAGAGUGAGCUCCAGAGCCAGAUCCGCUACAAGGAGGAGUUUGAGAAGAACAAGGGCAAAGGUUUCAGCGUGGUGGCCGACACCCCCGAGCUGCAGAGGAUCAAGAAGACUCAGGAUCAGAUCAGCAACAUCAAAUACCACGAGGAGUUCGAGCGGAGCCGGAUGGGCCCCAGCCCCAGCGAGGGCUCGGAGCCGGAGCGCCGCAAUUCCCAGGAGAGCAGCGGCUACAGGAGAGCAGAGCCACAGCAGCAGCAGCACCUGGGCCAGCCCGGGGCCACAGUUUACCAGCAGCCGCCUCCAUCCCAAUCCUACGGUUACAAGGAGCCGGCAGCUCCGGCCUCGUCCCAGCGCAACGCCCCGGCCGGAGGGGGGAAGCGUUUCCGUGCUGUCUAUGAUUACAACGCGGCGGACGAGGACGAGGUGUCGUUCCAGGACGGGGACACCAUCAUCAACGUGCAGCAGAUCGAUGACGGCUGGAUGUACGGCACGGUGGAGCGCACGGGGGACACGGGAAUGCUCCCGGCCAACUACGUGGAGGCCAUCUGAGCCCGGGGACGCGCCCGGCCGGCCCCUGUCCCCUCCCCCGUGUGUCUCUUGUCCCCUCCCCCUGUCCCCAUGUCCCCUCGGUGUCCGGUUGCUCUUGCCAGUUCUGCUCCGUGGUGGCCCCGCGGGGUGGGAAUGGAAGCCCCGAGGCUUUCCUGCUCCUGUCCCUCCUGGGGGAAACCUCCAGAAGAGGGAGGGGAGAGGGAGAGGCCGAGUCAGGACCAAAUUGCCACUGUGGGGUGGGAGAGGUGAGGGGGGCUCGUCCCGAGGGUGUCCUGGGCUCAGGGAUGGGCUGGUGGCUCCUCCUGCCCCUCUCGGCUCCAUCUCGGGCUCAUCCCGCAGCUGCUCUGGGCUCCCCUCCCUCUGCUCCCUUCAGUCUUCAAAACAGGAAAAAAAAAAUCUUUGUUCAGGUAAAAAUCUCCAAGAAAACCUCUCUCCUGGGACUUUCAGGCUUGGGGCAGCCCUGGGGGAGGCUCUGGCUGCUCCUCCCUCGGGCUCUGGGUGUCCCCAUCCCUCCAGAGAAGGAGCAGCCCUGGGGCUUUUCCUGGGGGCAGCUGCUCUGGCUGGAGGGCUGGGCUGGGCUGAGCCCCCCUAGACUGGGCUGAGCCCCCCUGGUUCUGGGAUGAGCCCCCCUAGACUGGGCUGAGCCCCCCUGGUUCUGGGCUGAGCCCCCCUAGACUGGGCUGAGCCCCCCUGGUUCUGGGAUGAGCCCCCCUAGACUGGAAUGAGCCCCCUGCAGCUCCAGCUCCCUCUGGGCUGGGGUCUGGGAGUCUCCUGGGGGAACGUUUUCCUCCCACCCAGAAUUUUCGUGCUUUUCUCCUGCUGCUCCUGAGUGCUGCCACCGCUUUGGUGGUGCCACCACAGUCACCCUGGCUGGUUGUCCCCAUGCUGAUUGUCCCCUGGCUGAUGUGGCAUCCCGAGCCACCCUGCACCUCUCGUUCCCACAAUGCAGGUGGCAGCUUUUUGGGACCGCUUUGGGAUCGUGUCACGGACCAAAAGGUCAAAGCACAUCCCUGUCCCCUCUUCCUCCAGGCCCAGGAGGUCCUGGGGCAGGGCAGGGUCGGGUAAAACUGGAACUGAGCAAGGAGGGAGGAGCAGGAAUCCCUGCAGGGUCCCGGGAUCAGGACCUGGGGCCAGCAGGGAUGUGGAGGCUCCCAGGGGGAAGCUCCACUUUCCCUAUUCCCACAGGAAAAACAGGAAUAAGGGACCAAAGUGUCCGAGUGAGACAUUCCCUGGUGCUGUUGGGGACACGUCCUUGGGGAC